AUGGACAUGACUAAGCGUUGGAGCUGUACCCAAGAAACUCAUUAUGGCUUCACUGUGCCGCAUGGGGACCGCAGCUUAAUUGCCAAUGGCGGGUGGACAAAACAAAACAACCGAUGCGGAGUGAAGAAAAUAAACCCGAGAAAGACAAACGAGAAAAGUGGGAGGAAACUUUACUCUAUAAAAAUAACACACUUGACAGAAAAUAAAAUCCCAGAGGAGUACUUCAAGUACAACCUGCCUCCCGAGCCGAUAUACCCAUACAUCACCGUCCCUAACAAUCUGUACACGAGGCAAACAAAAGAUGAGGAGCCUCCUCCUGAUGGACACCCCCCCCCAAGUGGAGGAAAUGAAUUGGAUGAUGAAAAAUAUCCUGAAAAUUCAGCACAGAUAGGAAAAAUGUCUUCUGAAGAAUUCUCAAAAUGGAAUGAAGAAAAAAUAAAAAAAAUGAAAGCGUUGCCUGAACCAACCAUAGAAGAUUAUAUUGAGGAUACACAAUUUAAGAAGUAUGUCCAUCCUUGUUUGAUUAAAAAGGUGUCUCAAAAGGACAGGAACAAAGUGCAUCAUUCUAUAUUGUCUCUUAUUGACCCAAAGGUAGAAUUUUCUGUAAUUGACUGUUUUGGUGAAAAUGAUGAAGAAAAUGACCUCACGGAAUAUGACGCAGCUUUUAGGGGUAUAGCACCUUGGCCCACCACAGAUGAAUUAAGAAAAAAUGAAAAUGAUUACCAAUUUGAGAAAACUGAUCUCGAGGUGGAAUACAAUAUAACGUAUGACAAAGCGGGGUACCAACAGUUUAGGCAUAAGCUUCUUGCGGAGCAGCUGCAGGGUAGUGGAAAAGAGGAGAAUAUAGCUGGGGGAGAAGAAACUACUGGGACGAAAAAUAUAACUGAUGAAGAACUUGUUAAGGGGCAAUUGAAAGCGAACUCCCCGCCACCUGUAUCCGUUGAAGACAUAAGAAAGUUGUACUUCAAGAAGGAGGUCAAAACGCUGAGGGAGGCAAAGGAAGAAAUGGUCAAAUGGGCAGAACGAAAAACAUCCUCGAGGAGCACAUGGACUUUGACGGAGGAAGAACUGAAGUUGCUGCCGGAGAGGUUCAGGCGAUUAUACCAUCAGAAGAGAAGGGAAAAGUUGGAGCAGGCCAGGGAGGCUAAGCGGAAGGAGGAGGCGCGACGGAGGGGGCAGCUCCAGGACGAGUUCUCCUUGUGGGAUGAGGGGGGCCUAUCCAGCAUAGAGCAGUUGCGUGGAGAGGAGUGCGGCAAAAUUAGGUGCGAGACGAGCCGUGAAAUGAGUGACAAGACGAGUGACGAGAUGAACAGCGAAAGCAGCGUAGAUGGGCUGCCGCACCAAGAGGAUAACCCCCCAAUCAGCGACGAGCAUAAUCUGCACAAUGUCAGAUUACUUGAAGACAACGUGCUGUACACAAAGGCCAAGUCGCCAGUGGAAAAUAUGUUAUACGAGUGGGAUGAUUCGCUGAGGUGCAAAUGGAGAAAGAGAGCUGAAGAAGUGAUACGCGAUGUCAUCAUGUAUGAUUAUCCUAUGAAGGAACUGAGAAGACCAUCAAAGUUAGACCUUUACGAUGUGACAUGGUAUGCGGGGAAGGUUGAAGUGUUUGUCAUUCCAGACGAAACGCAAGGGAAAAAUUAUAAAAUUACAUUAUUUGAUUUGAAGCAGCUGGUCAAAAAAAUUGCAGAAAGGUUAAAAGAGCUUGAAAUCGAUGAAGAAAUUAUUAUUUUGCCAUUUUUUGAAUUAGUUGUUUCGUCUCUGCCCAGUAAAAAUAUUCUUGUGUGUAGGAGGGACUGGUGUAAUCAUGCUGGGAAGGAGGUGACCGUCUUUUUUAAGGAGAAUAUGUUUCCUCCUUUGGAAGGUAUACUUCUAGGAUCUCCUAGCGUCUUUCAUUUAAUUAUAAAUGUUAAUUAUGAACGAAUAGAAAAUUUAGAUGUUCAUACGAUUGAUAAGGUGAUUCUGAGGGACACCAAGGAUGAACUUCGAGGACACAUUGUGCUGAAGGCUGCAAUGGAGAACCAAGUGGGGGGAAAAGCUGAAUCUGUUGGAGGGGCCCCCAGUGGGGACGUUUCAGACAGCAGCAAUUUAUCUUCACCUGAAGGAGAGCCCGAAUCUGCUGCACCUCUGGAGGGGGAUAAUGAAGAAGACGAAGGGGUGGUCACCAGGAAGACAGGCUUUGAUGAAUUGCAAAAGUUGAAGGACAUCGAGCGGGUGAGUGCAACUACUCUGAGUGGUGGUCAGCUUCGCAAUAAGCAGUUGCGUAGGGAUGAGGGUGCCGACCCGGUUCAGGGUGAAAGCAGCGCGCGUACAGACCUCGAUGGCAUCAGCCCAGUUAGCGGCAUUAACCGAUUGGGAGAAGAUGAUGACGCAGCUAAGAUGCGAAAGCAGGCCCUCGAGGAGGAAGAAGAGGACGACGACGAAGAGGAUGAAGACGAAUCCUACGACGAUGUCGCUGAUGAUGGGGACAUUUAUGGGGUUGAAGAUGAUGAAGGUGGCUCUGACGAGGGGGAAGACUACGGAGACGAUGAGGAUGAUUACAUGCCAGAGGAGUGA